AUGAAAAAGGAUCAUCGUCGGUGGACAUGGGAAUCGCCCAAUGGCGCGACUCGUGCGGAGAUCGACCAUAUACUCACCAACCGGAGGUGGUGUAUACUUGACGUCUCAGUAGUACCAUCCUUUUGUACUGGUUCUGAUCACCGUCUUCUUCGUGCGAAAAUACGACUUAGCCACACGAUGGAAAAGAACAUCUGCUAUCGGCAGCGAGGGAGAAAAGAAGUUGUCUACGACGAUUGCGUACUCGAGAACUCCUUGUCCCAAGGUGACUGGCACAUCGAGGAGGACCCAAACGUGGACUACGAGAUGCUGCUCAGAGGAUUACGAGCCUGUGCUGAGCGUGCCUCGAAGCCGCGCACGACAAACUUGGAUCGAAUUUCGAAGACCACCAAGGAAUUGUUGGAAAGAAGAAGGGCUUUGAGGCUCGAUCCGAAUGCAUCGCACAUUGAGCGGUUAGUAGCAAACACUAGCUGCAGAAAAGCGUUGCAGGAGUAUCUUUUGAAGUACAGGCAGAAGAAGAUUCUGGAAGCAGCGCAAAGAAGUACGAGUCUAAAGAAGUGUCGCAGGGAUCUCCGCGAAUAUAAUAUUCCGCUAGCAACUUUGCUGAGCGAAGACGGGAUUCGCACGUCUUCUCGUCGUGAGGUGGAAAUCAUUACGGAGAGGUUCUACUCGAAACUUUUCCGUUCAUCAACCCCUGUGUCAAGCCCGAUCAUCCUCACUGGUGAAGUUCCACCACGGAUUCUCCCUUCGGAAGUACGAGUCGCUAUCAAGAGCAUGAAACCUGGCACAGCCUCCGGACAUGAUUUUAUAUCAGCAGACUUUCUUCGCGCUGGUGGCCAUCCGCUUCAUGUAGUCUUAGCAGCGCACAUGACAUCCUAUCUUCAGAAAGAAAGGAUCCCAGACCAGUGGAAGACCUCGCGAACCGUUCUUAUCCAUAAGAAAGGUGACCGAGAGGACCUUCGGAACUACCGUCCGAUAUGCUUGCUGAGCGUGUUAUACAAAGUAUUCACCAAGAUCAUCCUCACGCGCAUAUCUAGGACGCUGGACGAAGCUCAGCCUCAAGAACAAGCCGGAUUCCGCCAGGGGUUCAGCUGCUUGGACCACAUCCAGACCUUGUCGAGAGUCAUAGAGGUAUGCCGGGCCUUGUUACCCACCCCUUCACCUGUCCCUUGUUCUGACCUUCGUCGACUAUGA